AUGACAUCUAGAAGCAUCAAUGGCUCAUACUGCAACACAACUGCCAUGGGAAUGUCAGGAAAGCUCGGCCUACUCAUCAACAUCCAGGAAGACUGUGUUGAAGUGAUUAAUUCUUGGAGAACCAUGAGCUUGAUAGAGCAUAUGAUGGCUUUCAUUGAACAGGAAGCAAAUGAGAAGGCAGAAGAAAUAGAUGCAAAGGCAGAGGAAGAAUUUAAUAUUGAAAAGGGUCGUCUUGUUCAAGAUCAGCGAGUUAAAAUAAUGCAGUACUAUGAGAAGAAGGAAAAGCAAAUAGAACUACAGAAGAAAAUUCAGAGUUCUAACAUGUUGAACCAAGCUAGACUGAAAGUACUGAAGGCUAGAGAGGAUCACAUCAGGAUUGUUUUGGAUGAGGCCAGGAGACGUCUAGAAGAUUUAACAAGAGACCAGAGUCAGUAUCAAAAGAUCCUUCACAAAUUGAUUGUUCAGGCACUGCUACAGAUGUUAGAAAAAGAAGUAAUCAUUUGGUGCCGUCAGCAAGAUUUCAUAGUAGUUCAGAAUAGUGUGACACCAGCUUUAGAGGAAUAUCGUAAGACUACUGGCAUGGACUGCAAAGUUGUUGUAGAUCCUGAAAAUGUUCUCCCUUCUGACAUGUGUGGAGGGGUAGAAUUAAUUGCUCAAAAAGGAAAAAUCAAAAUCAGCAACACACUGGAGAAAAGACUGGAAAUGAUUAGUCAACAGCUCUUGCCAGAUAUAAGAACAGCUCUAUUUGGAAACAACCCAAGUCGAAGAUUUAUGGACUAGUUGGUGCCAAUACCAAAAAAAUGAAUAUUUUUAUAGUAAUUUCAGCAACUGCCUCAUGCUGUUAUAAAUGAAUGGAAAUACUGUUAUUGAUUAAGUUUGUUUUAUCAUGUGAUGUCAUCUUUAUCAUACGAUUCUAGAUAAUUGUAUUGUAAAGAUGUGCACUGAAUCUUUCUAACUUAGCUUUCUGUUUUUAAUGUUUAAAAACAUAUUGCCAAAGGCUUGAGUACAAAACUAAUACUUUUGUUACAUUGUUAUAGUUUGAUAAAAUAUAGUUAAUUUUAUUGAUAAACUUGCAAGUAAGAGAGGAAGCCCAAACAAUACACAACUUUCAUUUUUAUUUGAGAUUUUAAGAUAUAUUUAAAUAAAAAUGUUACUACUUGAAAAAUUCCAAGAUUUAUGAAACCUUUUAGUACAUAAUAAUAAUUUCAUAUUACAAAUUAAUAAAGCAUUUUAGGAGCUGUGCAUGAUAUAUUUUGUAAUAUUUGUGGAUAUAGAAAUUGUGUACAGUUUAUAUCUUCUUACAUACAAUGUAUUUUAUUAUAAACUUUACAGCUUGAUUUUCUUUUCUUGAAGUUGGGGUAAAUUUUUGUAUAGUUGAGAUACACCCGAUUGUCUGAAUGUUUUAUGAUUAAGCAAAAUAUUGAACUUAUCCCAAAAAGCCAAUCAAACUGGAUACUGAAGAGAAUCAUUAAGAAUUUAUUAGCUGUUCAAAAUUAAACUUUUUAAGGUGCUUUCAAAUUUAGGUAGUUGGGUAUAGAAUUAAAUCUUUAGAUGUGCAUUAAUGCUUGUCAUUGAACUUUGCAAUAAUUUGAAAUGUAAUUACAUAUAGAAAGAAAUAGCAACAAAAAAAAGAAGUUAGAAGACUUAACCAAUUCACAUAGUAAACCAUCUAAAACCAUUUCUAAGUAACUAGAAACUAAUAGAACACUGUAAUUUUUAAACACCUAAAAUUGAAGAGAAAGUGUUUAAUAUGUAAUAUUUUGGAAUAUGUUUAAGCCAGUGGUUCCUAACCUUUUCACCACCAUGGACCCCUUUUAUUAUAAUUUUUUUUCAUCAUGGACCCCAUGUUUUUGAAAGAUUCUGUCUACCCAACAAACUGCUUGUAUUAGGUAAUAAUUAGUUUUCCCAUUUUUCACAAUCAAAUAAAAGACGUAUAUAACGAGCGUGCAA